ACUCCUAGAAAUAACUGCCGUGAAAAUGCAGAAGCCUCAACUCUCAUUGGUGGAUUCACUUCACAUUCACCUCCAGCUUCAAUCAUCACACCCACACUCUCCCUCUUUUUUUAUUUAUUCAUUUUUCCCCGCAGCUAAAUACAACUCAUAGCCAAGAAUUAAGCCUAAUUCAUCUCCAAAAACAUGUUCAAUAUUAUCCUCUUUGGAUGGAGAAAGGCCUCAAAAUGUAAGAAACUGAUAAAGAGAGUUCAAUGCCGCCUCAAACUGCUAAAGAGCAAGAGGAGUUGCAUUGUGAAGCAGCUGAGAAGAGAUGUUGCCGAGCUUCUCAAACACGGCCAUCAUCAACUCGCCUUCGAAAGGGUGGAGCAGGUUGUGGUUGAUGAAAAUAUGGUUCAAGUGUAUGAUCUCCUGUACCAGUUUUGUGAAUUUGUGAUAAUUAAUCUUUCUUAUAUCCGAAAGCACAGGGAUUGCCCUAAUGACAUCAAUGAAGCAGCAUCAACACUGAUUUUCUCAUCAGCAAGAUUUGGGGAGCUGCCCGAGCUCCUAUCCAUCAGGAAGCUCUUCACCAGCCGUUACGGUGAAAAAUUCGUCACCUCCGCACUCGAGCUACUUCCCGGCCACCUCGUCAGUGCUGAGAUUAUAGAAAAUCUUGAAAAGAAAAGGGUGCCUAACGAUGUCAAGUACAAAUUCUUGGAUGAAAUUGCUGAAAGUUACACUGAGGAACAGCCUUUGUUUCUUGAAUACAAACCUCAAUUUCUCGAAAAUGAGAUCAGUGAUCAAAACCACGUCGUAGAGCUCGAGAUGAGAGAGGGAGACGACAUCAGGAUCAUGUACGAAGAUUUGUUGAAUGAAUCCAAGAAAUUUUGGAGAAAAUCAUGUUUUGGAAUGAGGAAAGAAGUCGAUUUAGGAAAUGACAUGGAGACUAGUUCAGAAAUUUCAGUCAAAUUGGGUGAAGAAGUGAUCUAUCUUGAUGAUAUCGAGGAGUUCAUUCCACCCGUGAUCACUGAUAGCAAUGUCCAAGAUCAGAGAUUAUUCGUGUUCAAAUCUUUUGGCGCGGAUGAAACAAAGUCGAGGAAGUCGAUAAGGAAAAGGUCGAGGAAGAGAUCACUCGUUCAAGGAAGCCUAGCCACGGCUUACAAUGAAUUUUCCUCGUAUUAUGGGGAGUCGGAAGGGUCAUCGCCCGAGAUCAGGCGUAAGCCCCGUCAUAUGAGAGAUAGUGGUGUAGUUUUAGGUCAACCCUAUUAUGACUUCUCUAUUGGAGAAGUGGAUGGGGAUGUGGAGGUAGUGGAGUUGACCUCGCGUCAUCUUGACAAAGAUGACGUGGAAGGAAGACAAACUCUGCCUCUAACUCCCUUGAGGGCGAUCACAAUGCCUUGUGAAAGACCGGGGGAAAGUGAUGUGAUGGUGAAUAUUGAUAGAUCGAACUCGUGUCCUUUCAAUCAGUCUCCCGACUUCUACUCGCCUCACCGCCACAUCCAUCCGAAGCUUCCGGAUUAUGAUGAGCUGGCGGCGAAGUUUAUGGAGCUGAAAAGAGCACAUCUUGAGAAGAGGUGAGACAUCGAAUUGAGGUUUAGAUUGAGUUUCUUAAUUGCUUUAGAAGUCUUUUUUUGUUAAGGGCAGUUUUGUAUUUUAUUUGAUUUAAUUUGGUGGUAAUUGUCAUUUUUGGACCAGGUUUGUAUGAUUGUUCGAUUUAGAUUGUGUUUUUUUAUUUGAAUUGGUGUGACGAGAAUUAAUAUUUGGUAAUAUAAAAUGUCUUCAUUG